AUCAAGAUGGCGUCCCACGCCGAAGCAGGAAAGAGAUUUCAGAAUAAAUAAAACUCAUUCGGAACAGUUUAACUUUGAGUGCCAUCUCGACAAGACUUCGUUCGCAUUUUGAAAAAACAAGACGGAGCAGAUACAGGUCUUUUUUCAGAGUCUCUAAAUGGCUGCGAGGAAGUCUGGAUCAGAUGCAUACAACAAUGGACCCAUCAGCUACCUUGAUGAUGUUCCCUUCAAGAUUAAUGAAAAAUUCCGCUGCCCAGCCAAAGUGGGGGUGCCUGUUGGCUUCUGCCUGCCUGACUGUGGCUCUUUGCUUGUGGACACACAGUAUGACUUUUCUUUGGAGAGGCGAAGUGUGCGUUGGGGGGUUGAACUGGCUGAGGCCAGAGCAGCAGAGGCCAGAGCAGAAGAGGCAGCAGCCAAGCAGGAGGCAGAGAAUAGAGAGUGUUUGGCUCAGGCCCAGGACAUUGAUGGUGGUGGAGGGAAGAUACCCCGGUCUGCUGCAGACGACCAGGACCUUCUACCACCAGCAUUGAACCCCGUCCUGGCAGGGCUGAGCCAUAAUGCCAUCCUCACACCACUGCCUGCCCCAAGCCUUGGCCCCAGGAAAACCCAGCCGAGCACUCCUCAGCCACACAGCCUCAACCUAGCUGACUUUGAGCGGGAAGAGGACCCCUUUGACAAGUUGGAGCUCAAAACUUUGGACGAUAAGGAGGAGCUCAGGAACAUCCUCCAGAGCCAGCCCCAACCUCAACCUCCUCCUUCUGUAUCCCCACCAGAGGUCUCCCAGAUGGGGUCAGUGUCACGUGGAAACAGCCCAUCUCCUCCCAGCAUCAACACCAGCCUCCCAGCCAAACCAGGCUUUACCCACAAACCCAAUGGGUUGGUUGCCUUGCUGGACAUGGACAGAGUUGGGCAUCCUGGGAGAGUGGGGUUUGACACGGAUGACCGACCAUGUAACAUCCGCUCUCUGACUUUUCCCAAGCUCUCUGACUCUGGUGACCCAGAGCCAGUGAAGUACUGCCCACUCCCUGCACCCAUCCCUGCUCCACGACAGAACCUACCCAAUGGCAGUCCGCCGGCCAUACCCAAGACCCAAGUUAUUGUUGCCCCUGAGCCACAGCCACCCAGCCACACUAAGAGUGGCACACUGAAACUGGCCAACCCAGGGUCAGGAUCUGCUGGUCUGCCGUGUGGCGGAGCCCUGCUCAGCAUGACCCCCAGCGAACGUCAGUGUGUGGAAACCCUUGUAGGCAUGGGCUACUCUUACGAGGGUGUGCUACGGGCCAUGCAAAGACAAGGGCAGAACGUGGAGCAGGUACUGGAUUAUCUUAUUUUGUCUGGACGUCUGUGUGACCGGGGCUUCGAUGCAAGUGCAGUGGAAGAAUGUUUAGAGAUGUACCAAUGCUCAGAGGAAAAGGCCUUGCAGUUCCUUGAACUAAUGUCGAGAUUUGGUGAAAUGGGAUUUGAGCGGGAUGCCAUCAAAGAGGUGCUGCUGGUCCACAACAAUGAUCAGGACAAGGCUCUAGAGGACCUGAUGGCUCGUGCCGCAGCUAGCUGAGCCAAACUAGCCAGCCAACCAAAGCCCAGCCCAGGGCUUGCCUCCCGCUACCACCCAACACAGCAUCUUUCCUUCUGCCUACCCUGUCACACCAUGCCCUGUCCUUGCCUUGGCUGUGGAAGGGACAGCUGGGAGACAGUUGUAUUUCUCUCUGUGCUAAAACGUAUUGUGUCUCAGCACUUCUUAAAGACUGUGUGCCUAGAGUGGAGGGGGUCAAAGUGUAACAAUUCUUCGUGGCGGUGUUUUCUUUUUUUUUCUUUUUUUUUUUUUUUUUUUAAAGAAAUCCUGGGGGUGGGCUCCAGGAUUUGACACUGAUAGGUUUUCAAGAAUGCAACAAAUGACUGAGCUGGGAUGGAGAAACUGGAAGAAUUGGGCUGUGGCGUUUUGAUGCCAUUCUGAUUUGCUUCCACUCGGAAGUCUUUAUCUGACUGCAGGCAAAGCUGCAGGACCGAAAGGGGAGAGACAGUGAGUGCAACACAGAAAGACCAGUUUGAACUCUUAAGACUCCCUACAAUUAAGCUGCCAUCUUCCACUGCUCAGUGCAGACCUAGUAAAUGGUGGAGGGGAUAGGGGGCCUUGUGGAGGCUAUCUUCAAACUGAACCUACUAACAUUAAAAGUAAGAAAGAAAAAAAAAAAAAAAAGGCACAGUCACCAGACAGAGAACUGACUCUCAAGAAGUGCCCUCUCUGCUCUGGUGCCCUGCACCUAGUUCUGUUCAACUUAAUGCUUUCAUUUAUUCAUGUCUGUAUUUCUGUUCAUUUGAGCACUUUUUCAUCUCAGUUUAAAGAUUCCAUUUCUUUGCUUUCUGUUUUAGGAACUGCAUAAUAGAUCCUUAGUCAUUAUAACUCAGAACAUAAGAGAUACUACUGCCCCAGUAUGUUCUUUGACCUGCACUGGAAUGGCCUGUUGAAGGAGUGGGGAGAGAUGGGGAAAGUUCCUCUGUAGGAAAUAUUAAGAAAUAUCCCACAACCCACUGGCACUGAGGUGUCGCAUACUGCACAGGCGCACACACAUUUCAUAAUUAUCGACUUAUUUAAAAUAGUACACUGACACUUUCAUUUAAAAAUAAAGAGUUUGAUAUGAUAAUGUAAGAUAUGUUAACUUACAAAAGUGACACUUUUAACUGUCAUGGACUUUUGUUUGCAGACUGGAAAAGAGUGAGUGGUUUAAAAAAGAAAAAGAUGUAAGUGAGGGUUGCUUUUGCAGCCUCAUCACAGUGCAAUAGAGAUAUUUCAUAUUUGUGACUGAUGACUGGUAUUUUGAGCCUCAAGUUAUUGUUGGGAGAUGAGGAAUGGUUGUCAAGCCUUGUUUGAAAUUUGGAUGUAAUUAGAAAAGGUUCGAUUUCAGUGAUUUCUAUCAUUUAUUCUGUUAUUGGAUUUCAUGCCACAAAAUCUCAUCAAACAUGACUCUGAUUUGUUGA